AUGGACACCUUCGAGCAGCUCCUGGACGAGGUGUUUACGGACAUAUAUAGAAUGCUCAUCAACAGCUCGCCCCCGCCGGACGCCACCCCAAUUGACACAGAUCCCGCCAGCAAAGUGAUCGAGGGUACCCUCGAUCACACUAUGGCACCACCCUCACCGAACGUUCCAGCACGCGUAGAACCCAUCGCGGCGCCGCCUCCUGUACAUACACAAAUGCAGCAGUCGGGCCCGAGUCUGCGUCCCAGACCCGCUUCCGAGGCCCCCACUGGAGCAAAACGGCAAGGCAGAGGAGGCGGUACCUAUUGGUGGAUGGAUUGA